CCGCUCACUUUCUCUUCCGGGUACUGAUGUUUUUCAUGUACUGUCCUCCUGCUAUCUGUCGCACGAGGAGGAUGUAGCAUCCGUGGGUCUAUUGUCAUCUUCUGGGAGCAUUCAGCUGAAAUUCUAGCCUUGUGGAUGCAAAAAAUGUCGGAAUAUAAAAUGGCUGGAUGAUCCCCAGCUGUUUUUUAAGACAUUGCACCCUGUUGGUAUCCGGAAUAUUCAGGUCCAUCCCGCACCCUGAUAUAAUGGAUGGUGUUAUAACGUAUUUAUUGACAAGCCAGUUUUAGACCAAGAUGCUACAAGGCUCAAAUAUCUUGGGUCAUGAGAGGCCCCUGGUCAUCAGGAUAUCAUUCACCACCUGUGUUCUGGCUACUGUGUGCCUACCACUGCUUGGACUAAUAACGUGUGUCUUCAUAUCCUCUGUUUUUCAUUUUGAGGACUCUACUGGUACACACUGCCAGGUUCCUAAUUACCUGCCAUCAAUCAGUGCCUCAAUAAGCCUAAGUCCCGAGUGCCACAUAUGGCGGUUCUGCAUUGGACUGCACUCAGCACCGAGGUUCCUGGUGGCGUUUACCUACUUCAAAUUUUACAAGACACGUUUUUCCUCGAGGUUCCCCGAGAGUUCACUCAGCUGCUUGAACCUGGCCUUUUCUAUUUCUGAAAACCUCGGCCUCUUGCUCCUCACAUAUGUAUCAUCCAGUGAAACAUACUUUGUACAUAAGGAAGGUUUUGUCCUCUUCAUUGUCAGUUCCCUUAUCUACAUGCUGAUAACCUGCCGUUUAUGGAAGGCUAUUAAGAAGUAUUCAUUAAGUCCAGAGGAUGCCAAGUCUCACUAUUGGAAAGUGCGUUUAUUAUUUCUCAACGUAUCCUUCUGUGCUUUCGCUGGAUUCUUUUAUUGGAAACACAACAUGUACUGUGAAUCAGGGAGUUAUACUUUGUUUGCCCUGUUUGAGUAUCUAGUGGUCUUCUCCAAUAUGGCCUUCCAUCUCACAGCAGUGUGGGACUUUAAGAGCCGGGAGGUCAUGGUCAUUUCAUCAUCUGAAGAUAAAGACUUCUGACUAGAAACUCAAGGACUAAGUGUUAAAUGUUCAACCACUCAACCACCUGAUAACAGCCUUGAUCCUGCUCAAGAGGAAGAGUGGGAUGAAGGCCUUUUCCAUAUAUUUCCAUGAGGAUGGCUCUGAAGUCCUUAGAAGGUGUAGAUGUCAGACAAGUUUGAACAAAAGAUGUGCACAUGUGCAACCUUAUGGUCUAUUCAGUUAGCUGUAAGUGCAUUUUAUUUUUGCCUCAGUGUCUCAUUUAUGGAUGCCUUUGCCUACAUACAAUAUGUUAUGUAAUGUGAAUGUUAAAUUUUUGUACAAUGCACAAACACAAUGUGUGGUCAUACAGUAUGUGUGCCAAAGUAAAGUGACAGUUCUUCAA